GGCCCAUCCUUGUCCCCCGCCUGGUUCGCUCCCGGUCAAAGCUUGCGGGCCUAUCCCUAAUUAAACACCUCGUCCCCAGGACCACACCGCUUGGAGCCUCACCCUCCACCGUCUUGACGGACUUUCCAGAAAGGAUAUCGACAUCUCGCUGUGCCUUCCACUUGAUUGAUGAUGGCGCAAAUGAGUCCAUCUCCUACGGAGCCACCGCCCACAUCGGGUCAACACUCCACCAGCUUCUUGCGCAAGCUCUUCGGACGAAACAAUGCGGCUCCGGCACCCGUCGGCCCGCUCCAGGCCAAGGAGCCCGAGCCCGAACCUGUGCAUGAGCCCGACUCGGACGACCCGCAAAGUACAGGCCUGAUGCGCCGAGUCUCCAGGAAAGUCGUGCCCGGACUUCCGCGGGUGCAGACCUUCAAACGCCAGCAGUCAGAGCGCAGGAACAACCUCGCACCAGUUGAGCCUUCUCCGGCAGAGAGGCGUGCUCUAUCGGUGGACAGGCGCGUGCAGUCACCACGCACUGCGUCGCAGGCCCAGUCGUUUCCCCGAGCUAGCGCACCGGACUUCCUCGAAAAUACCUACGAAAUCCAGUCUGCCUCUUCUGCCCCGGUCAGCCCAGUAGAGGAAAAGGCCGAAGCCAGCUUGAAUCAGAUGGUCGCCCCAGUGUCAGCGCCCACCUUCGACGAUUCUCAUGUGCAUGAACUGCAGUCAAUUUCCGAUGCGCACUCAGUAACAACAUCACAAUCACAAUACGAGGCUAUGAUUCACGAUGAGCUUGAAACUACUUGGAUUCUUAACCUCAGCAUGCAUUUCCGCGACAAGUCCAAGAGGGAAAAGUUCUUUGUGACGUACCGAGAAACUCCGACCCUCUGGCGCCGGGUGACCAUUUCCCUCGAUUAUCGCAAUGCCCCGGACAACUCUCUCGAACUGGAUUUGAUGCACACCAAGUCUCAACGCGACAAGAGCUCAAAGAUCUACGAAGCCAUCAGGGAUAGUCUUCAAGACAUCCAGUUUUAUCACUCCGUUACCAACUUGAAACUACAGACCACCGAUGGCCGACUACAUGUCCACGUCGUUGAGGACGAAAUUAUUCAAUACCCCACCGUUCGCCAAGUGCAACACCUGGGUUGUCGGAGGAUCAGGGAAAGAGAUAUUGAUUUUGACUCUCACAUGUCUGGGUUUGUAUACAAAGUUCGCGUCGGCGGCGAAGUUCUCAUCAAGAAAGAGAUUCCAGGCCCCGACACGAUCGAUGAGUUUCUUUACGAGAUCAAUGCCUUGAACCGGCUUCGGUAUUCGAGAAACAUUAUCCGAUUUCACGGCGUCGUCGUCGACGAUGACGACGAGUACGUCAAAGGAUUGCUCAUCAGCUACGCCGUCCACGGUGCUCUCAUCGACGUCAUCUAUGAUAAUCAACAGGAGUCCGAGUUGGGUCUGCCGUGGCCGAUCCGAGAGAAGUGGGCGCGUCAAAUCGUGCAGGGACUGGCGGACAUUCACGAAUCCGGCUUCGUACAGGGCGACUUCACCCUUUCGAACAUCGUAAUUGACGACGAAGACAACGCCAAGAUUAUCGAUAUCAACAGACGAGGCUGCCCGGUGGGCUGGGAGCCUCCCGAGGCAACGCCACUUAUUGAGAGCAACCAGCGCAUCUCCAUGUACAUUGGUGUCAAGUCAGACCUCUAUCAGCUCGGCAUGGUUUUGUGGGCGUUGGCGGCGCAAGAUGACGAACCGGAGGCCCAGGGACGGCCCUUGCAGCUCACAGAGGAGCACAUCGUGCCAGCUUGGUACCGGGAGAUGGUGGACAUAUGCCUAAGCGAUGAUCCCAGACUGCGGCUGCAGGCUUCGUCGCUCAUGGCUUUGUUUCCCGAGCCAGCGGUUGGUGACGAUGCUGCUCCCCCGUCUAUCUCCGUGGACGACGGCUACACCAUGCAAGAGUACUUUGUGGAGGGCUACCAGGGCAAUGGCCACGCGCGAGUCAAGACUGCCGAGCCGGCCCAUGACUGGUCAUACGUCAAUCUAGGCCAUACCUACGCCGAUCCGUCGAGAGGCUUUUCUCAAGACCCGUACUACUACACGAGAGGACGAUCCCCUCCAAGCCCGCUUCCAAGUCAUUACGGGCGUUGCGAUUCGCCUCACGUGGGCCGCAACAUCUCGAGCUGGGCGGAGGCCAGGAACAUUGCACCGUCGUACAGCGACGUUGGAGGAGACGAGAUAGAGGAUCACAAGAGCACAACACCGACGACCAGCAAGGACUCCAUCGCAACACCUGAGCUGAUGGACGAGACGAGCAGGUCGAUGCAACAGAGGCUGGAAGAGCUACAAUGGACACCCCUUUCGAACGACUUAGCAGCAAUAGAUCGGGCUGAACUCGACCAGACGCCAGGGCAAGUGGACAAGAGACUCGUUGGAGAGGAGCUUUCCAGGGUCGUAUCCGGGACGGAGCUAACGGAACCGCAUGCUUUCGUCGAUCCCAUCGCAUCACGGCCAUCCAUGGCAAGCCCUCUCACUGUCAAGAAUGCCGAUAUAGAAGGGGAAAACGCGGGGGGAGACGUCAUGGAAGAGGCAGGCCAAGUUGGGAAACCCAAAAACGAACUGAACAGCAACGACAACAUCUCGAGCGAGUCGGGUAACAUCGCGGCUGCAACACUACUUACGGAGCACGAGGAUGUGGCUGCAACGCCAUCCACCAAAGAGACCACUACAGCAAACCCAACUGCUGCCAAGGCUGAGGCCGAGAACGAGUCGGCAGCUGUUUCCGAACAACAGAUUCCGCCUGCACUCGACGCAGAAAUUCCGUCUCGAGACAAUGCGACGCCUAAGACUGAUACAGAUGCCAAGACAGCAGCACCGUCUUCCCCAGUGGCAGGAACUCCGGAACUCAAUGGCGUGGGCGCGGCAUACCUCGAUACGGACGAACAGAAGAUGCGGGAGAAGGCAUCUCUUGGCGACGACUUUUCUUCAAACACGGUGGCACUGGCAGCACCAACGGCAACGACGAUGACAGCUGUCGAGAAAUGA